UCCGGUGGCAGCAGCAGUGCCAAGUAAGAAAAGUUUAAUUUAACUGACACCAUGUAAGAGAUUUACGAUGAGACUGGGAGAUUAAUUGAUGGCUAGAAGGAAAUUACAAGAAAGUUUCUCGUUCACACUAGAAGACAGAUCAUUUAGACACUGGAUGAGAAAAUGGCGUCAUCCACGAUAUCAAUGCGGAGUUUGCAGGUCAGUUUCGAUGAUGGCAGCGACCGGAAUAACUCAACAAGGGAGCAGCAAAUUGAAGAAGAAGCACUUCAAACCCAAAUACCAAAAGACCAAGUUGUUUCGAGCGAAUGAACCAUUGCUUAGUGUAUUUAUGUGGGGUGUGAAUCACACUGUAAGUUUUAGAGAGAAUAUGCCAAGUCAUUUUAAGGUAAAAGAAUACUGUCCACUUGUAUUUAGAAAUUUGAGAGAGAGAUUUGGAAUAGAUGAUGUUGAUUAUAUGAAUUCUUUGACAAAAUCUCAACCAUUGGCAGUCACUUCCCCAGGACGAAGCGGUGCAAAAUUUUACGAAUCGUACGAUCGGCUUUUUAUCAUUAAGACACUUCAAAGUGAAGAAGUAGAACAGAUGCACAGUCUACUCAAACAGUAUCAUCCUUAUAUUGUGGAAUGCCAUGGGAAAACCUUGUUACCACAAUAUUUGGGUAUGUACCGAUUGACAGUUGAAGGUGCAGAAACUUACAUGGUAGUCAUGCGUAAUAUAUUUAGUAGUUCUCUUAAUGUCCAUCGAAAGUAUGAUCUUAAGGGCUCAACUAUAGACAGAGAAGCUAGUGAAAAGGAAAAAGAAAAAGAACUUCCAACACUAAAAGAUAACGAUUUUGUUCGUGAUGGUUACAAACUACAUAUUGGACAAGAAGCUAAAGAUAAAUUAAUUAAUACUUUGACUGCUGAUGUUACUGUAAGUAUUGUUAUUAUAUAUUCUUGUUGUUCUAGUUGUUAUUAUAUAUUCUUGUAAGACAACAGUUAAAAAAUCAUUAAGUUACUUGGAUUCUGCAUUGUUUGUAGUGUUGAUGAUAUUAACAAACUUUUCAAAACAGUAUUAUGUAACCAAUUAAUCAUUUUAAAAUUUACAACACACACACACACACACAAAUAUAUAUAUAUAUAUUUGCAC